AUGGAGCUGCCAGGGUUUUACUGGGACGCAGAACGCCGGCGGUAUUUUCCUUUGCAUGCGCUGCACCGGCCCUCUUCAGCUAUCAACCCGCAGCCCCAGAGGCAGCAGCAGCAGCAGCAGCAGCAGCAGCAGCUGCAGCAGCAGCAGAGGCAGCAGCAACAACAAGGAUAUCAACAGCAGCACAACAACCAGCUGCAGCGCCGCAGGCAGCAGCAGCAACAUGGGGAAGCUACAAACCUCCCCCCUGCUAGGCGACGGAGGCGGCAUUGGGCUCAGCAGCAGCAGCAGCAGCAGCAACAGGAGCAGCAGCAGCACCAGCAACGGCAACAGCACCAGCAGCAGCAGCAGCAGCGACGGCAGCAGCAGCAGCAGCGACGGCAGCAGCAGCAGCAGCAGCAGCAGCAACAGCAGCAGCAGCAGCGGCAGCAACUCAAAAAUGGCUCUAAGCACCUCAGCAGCAAACUCCUCCGCACCGGGGGAAGGGAGAGCAGCAUGGGCAGCAGCAGCAGCAGCAGCAGCAGCAGCAGAAGCAGCAGCAGCAGCAGCAAUAGCAUGCACCACAAGCAAGGCAACAGCAGGAGAGGCAAAGUUAAGGAUAAUAGGCACUCUCACCUAGCAAACAAAUCUGCUGCUGCUGCUGCUGCUGCUGCUGCUGCUGCUUCUGCUGCUGCUGCGGAUGAGCCGCCUCCCUUGAGAAACCUCCUCCUGGCUGUUCGUCAGCUCCGCCUGGGCAGCAGCAGCAGCAGCAGCAGCAGCAGCAAGUUCAGCCACUGCAGCAGCAGCAGCAGCACGGAGUGGACAGCAGCAAACGCUAGAGCGAUGGCAUUUGCUGCUGUGCUGCAGCAGCUGCACCUGCCGCUGCCUCUGGGUUUCUCUCCUUUUGUCUGUCUUGCUGCUGCUAGUUCAUACAUACCGGAGCAGCAGCAGCAGCUGCUGCUGCAGCGGCAGCAACAGCAGCAGCAGCAGCAGCAGCAGCAGCGAAGACGAUAUGCUUCCUGCAGCUGGCAGCUGCUGCUGUCUGCAUGCGGAGAGGGGGGCGGCCGUUUGCUGCAGUUCAGUGCAAAGGGGAUAUUCACCCCAGCAGCAACAGCAGCAGCAGCAGCAGCAGCAGCAGCACCAGCAGCAGCAGCAACAGCAGCAGCAGCAGCACCAGCAGCAGCAGCAGCAGCAGCAACAGCAGCAACAGGAGGGGGAGAGUCUCCCAUGAUUCCUCCAGCAACGCAGAGAGGAGCCCUCGUCACGGCUCCGCAGCAGCAGCAACAGCAGCAGCAGCAGCAGCAGCAGCAGCAGCAGCAGCUGCUUGUGCUGCCGCAGCAAGACGAAGCAGCAGCAGAUGAUGCUUCGGAUGCGUUUGCAUCUCAUGCUGCUGCUGCUGCUGCUGAUGUUGCUGCUGCUGCUGCUGGCCGCCUCGUAGACAUUCAGCUGUUUGGCUGUCUUGCUGUUUGCUGCCUCCGCAGCAGCGGGAGAGACCCGGGGGCCCUGGUGGUGCAGCAGGCCAGCAGCAGCAGCAGCAGCAGCAACAGCAGCAGCAGCAGCAGCAGCAGGUUGCUGUGGGCGGAGUGGAACGCAGCAGCAGAUGCUUGGGCAUGUGCUUCAAGUUUGUCUGCUGCUUCUCCUGCAGCAGCAGCAACAGCAGCAGCAGCAGCAGCAGCAGCAGCAACAGCAGCAGCAGCAGAUCCGUGGUUUGUACUAGCUGGAAGACAGCCAGCAGCACAGCUGCUGCGGCCGCGGGAGGGGCAGCAGCAGCUGCAGCAGCUGUGGCGGCCUUGUGGGCCAGCAGCAGCAGCAGCAGCAGCAGCACCUGCUGCUGCUGCUGCUGCUGCUGGCAUUGCUCUUCUGGGGGCUGAGGGGGGCGGCCUGCUGGGUAUUGAUCCCCGCUGCCCCCUGCCGAUACCUCUGCUGCAGCAGCAGAACAGCAGCAGCAGCAGCAGCAGCAGCAGCAGCAGCAACUACAGCAGCAGCAGCAUCAGCUGCAUACUACCCCUGCAGACGCAUGCAGCAGGAGUGCUGAUAAGGUGUGGGGCUGACGCCCUUUAUCUCCUCGACCUCCGCAGCAGCAGCAGCAGCAGCAGCAACAGCAGCAGCAGCAGCAGCAGCAGCAGCUGGCAGGGGGGCCCACAAAGCACUGCAGAUGGUGUUGCUGAUGGAUGCGUGGCUGCUGCUGCUGCUGCUGCUGCUGCUGUCGAUGCGCUUCUUUGCUUAACAACAGCAGCAGCAGCAGCAGCUGCUGCUGCUGCUGCUGCAGCUUCUGAACCCUUGUCUGCUGCUGGUGUACUUCGUGCUGCUGCUACUUCUCAUGCUGCUGCUGCUGCUGCUGCUGCUGUGUUUGCUGCAGCAGCCGCCUGUCCGCCUGCGUCGUCCGUGAGUUUGUGCCUCCCCAGCGAAGCAGCAGCAGCAGCAGCAGCAGCAGCAGCAGCUUCAGCUGCAGCAGCAACAGCAGAUGGCGGUUUGCUGUCGACAGCAGAGAGGAGCUCAUUGUUGCCCCUUUCCCCUUCAGCAGCAGCAGCAGCAGCAGCAGCAGCAACUGCAGCAAGUGCAGCAGCAGCAGCAGCAGCAACGGCAGUUUCUUAG